GAUUAGUAUAACAUAGUGGCCAUGCCGGGCAGCACAGGUGGUUCGUAUCAGUCGUUAGUAGGCACGAAGGAUGUGUACUGUACGACGACGUUCGCUGCGAAUAAUAAUACCACGGGAGUUAUGGCGACCGUCAAAAAGGCCCUUAACCUGUCUUUCCAAAGGGAAGAAAGAAAACCAGAAGUCGUUCCGGCAAGGAGUGAUAGUUCAACGACUACUGUAAACAAUAAUAGAACGAUGCCCGCUUCAGGUGCAGCCGAGGAAGCCGCCCUUUUGGGCACAAUGCCUUCUGACAGUAUGGAUGACAUCGAACUAAAAAAUAUCCAACUGCAAUUCCCAUCGACUCGAUCGCUAUCCAGGGGCGACUCAUCAGCUCACGAGGAAACUGUGGAAACUGAUCGCGGACCGAUCGUAGUAGCGGUUCAAGGAUCCAGGAACAAGCCGGCGAUUUUGACCUACCACGAUUUGGGAUUGAAUUACAUAUCCAGCUUUCAAGCUUUCUUCAACUACGUUGACAUGAGAGCUUUACUGGAAAACUUCUGCGUGUAUCACGUUAACGCUCCAGGACAAGAGGAAGGCGCUCAAACAUUACCCGAAGACUACAUUUUCCCUACAAUGGACGAAUUAGCGGCCCAGUUAGACUUUGUUCUCUCACAUUUCGGUCUGAAACAAGUUAUAGGGUUCGGUGUUGGAGCAGGAGCCAAUAUUUUGGCUCGUUUCGCUCUAAAUCACGCGAGCAAAGUAGCAGCACUAUGCCUUAUAAACUGUGCCAGCACGCAGGCUGGUUGGAUCGAAUGGGGCUACCAGAAGCUAAACGCGCGACAUUUGCGAUCAAAAGGCAUGACUCAGGGAGUACUCGACUACCUCAUGUGGCACCACUUCGGCAGGGACACCGAAGAACGUAAUCACGAUCUGGUGCAGGUCUACAAAAGCUACUUCGAGCGAAGUGUCAACCCAACGAAUCUCGCAUUAUUCACCGAUAGCUACGUUCGGCGAAACGAUCUGAAUAUCCAAAGAGAGCUCGAUCCCAAUAAGCGUAAGGAGGCCAACACGUUGCACAUGCCCGUUUUAAAUAUCACAGGCGCGCGCAGUCCUCACGUAGAUGACACUAUUACUCUCAACGGACGGUUAGAUCCCACAAAUUCCUCAUGGAUGAAGAUUUCAGAUUGUGGGAUGGUGUUGGAAGAACAACCGGCGAAAGUAAGCGAAGCCUUCCGUCUUUUCCUACAGGGGGAGGGUUACGUGGCUCCAUUAUCGCCAGUAAAAAUGGCUCAAUUCCGCAAGGCGUCUUUGGAUGAAAUGUUGAAAUCAAAACUUGACUCAAAAUUGCAAAGCGCGCAGUGGCCAUCCUCGAUCAUUCACAUUACCGAAAAUCCAAUCUCGGCCGUAAUUUGCUAAAUUUGCAAUUCCCGACACAUCAGUGAACUGUAUUGAAAUUUUCUAAUUAAUGCUAGACUAAUAUUAGGGCCUAAUGAGUUUUCUUUGCAAUUGUCUAAUGACAGUAUUAUCGAUAUGGUGAUUUAUAAAAGGACAAUGUUCUUUAUAUCUGACAAAGUGACUGAUUGUAAUAAUUGUAGUGAACAGUAAAGUUGUUAACAAUUUUUAUAAAUAUUGGAAUGUAUUUUAAUCUUCAUAUCUGUGACAUAUGUGUGCACACUAGCAUUCCUAUGGACGAGUUUGGCAGCACAAUCAUAUUAAAGUAAAUGCAAUUAUGCACUGCUUUCACAGACGGACGCACUAAUAUAGCCAACAUUGACUCGUGCAUUUGGGAAUUGAAUCGUACAGUUACAUUGGGACUAAAAUUAACACCAGAUUAUUUUGAUUUUCUUCGAAUGUGUCGGGUACAAGAUGACUGUAAUUCGUAUGUAAGAAAUGGUAUUUGUAUAAGAAGAAA